ACUUCUCUUCCAGACAAAGAGCUUACUUUAGCUAAGUUUGACUUUCCAUUGGCUACCCACUCCAUAAGAAAAGUGACCUAUAAACUAGAUUCAUUUCUUGAUGACAAGUCGAUAAAGGUAACUAUAAACGGACACAUCAACAGAAAGCCGAGAAUCCGGCCCGAGUUGAGUUUUGCUGAAAUCAGAGACUCCAAUGGUGAUUGUACCCAGAUACUCUUGACUCCCCAGACUACCAGCAGCAAAUUGUUUGAUUUGCUCAAAACGACAACAGUAGAAGAUGCAGUUAGUGUCACAGGACACGUUCAACUUAAGAAAAUGAAGCCAGGAGAUGCCACCCGUGAAUGGGAAUUGGUGGUAGAUAAUUUACAGAUACUCAAUUCCUCUAACUUGGAUGCAGCCAGAUUGGACAAAUUGAAACAUUCCAAUCCGGAGCAAUUACCUCCACAAUUCAGAUAUUUACAAUUAAGAACGAAAUUCUACCAGAAUGCCUUGAAAACCAGAAGCAAGGUUGCCAUGUUGAUAAGGAAUAUCUUCACCGAGAAUCAUGAGUUCACAGAAAUAGAAACUCCUCUUCUUUUCAAGUCUACUCCGGAGGGAGCUAGAGAAUUUCUUGUACCAACCAGAUCGCCAGACAAAUUCUAUGCUUUGCCUCAGUCACCUCAGCAAUAUAAGCAAAUUUUAAUGAGCUCAGGGUUCACCAGAUACUUCCAAAUUGCCAAAUGUUUCAGAGACGAGGAUUUGAGGGCUGACAGACAACCAGAAUUCACUCAGGUAGACUUGGAAAUGGCUUAUGUCAAUAAUUGCGACCAAGUCGGCGUAGUUGUGGAAGAUUUGAUUCAUAAUGUGUGGAACAGGAUCAGAAAUAUAUCUACUUACAGAGUCAAUGAACAAGGGUAUCUUGAAGCUAUUGACUUCGAUUCAACAAAACCAAAUUCUUCUUUGCAUUUCGGUAAACUAAAGUACAUUGAUGCCUUGUGCAAAUAUGGAAUUGAUAAGCCUGACCUUCGGUCAAAGUUAGAAUUUGUCAACCUUAGUGAAUUGUUCAUUCCCUCAAGCACUAACAAUGGACAAUUUCCGGUGCUUGAAGCGUGUAUCUUAAAAAAGGCUUUUGAGCCAUCUAAAGGAAAAUACAAAUUGCCUCGUUCAUUAAUCGAUCCUUUGAGCUAUACAAGAAGGAAACCCAUUGUGAUUCCGAUACAAGAUGAGAACGAUGCUACCAACUGGUACAAGAAGUUUAUUGAAAAAAAAGUUUUCUCUGAAGCUGCAACCUUUAGCGAACACAAACUUCAGGCAAGCUUAGACUUGGAAGCUGGAGAUAUACUUGCUUUUUCUACUAGAGCUGAAUUGCCUUACGAAAACCCCACUCCUUUAGGUAAAUUCAGACAGCUUGCCAUUAAUGAGUUCCCUGAGAAGUGGAAUCGUGAAAUAUACGACAAGAGCCUGGGAACUAUCUCCGAAGUCAAGGACACUUCUGCUAUCUUUGUUGGCUCCUGGGUUGUUGAAUUUCCGUUGUUUAGUCCAGUGGAAAUUUCCUCCAGUUCGAACAAUGAUUUCCCUGAAUACGACUUUACCUCUUUCGAGUCCACCCAUCAUCCGUUUACAAUGGCAAAACAUGAAGACUACGAUCUUUUGGAAACAGCGCCUUUGAAGGUGAGAGGUGAGCAUUACGAUCUUGUUAUCAAUGGUGUUGAGGUAGGAGGUGGCUCCAGAAGAAUCCACGAUGCCGAACUUCAGAAGUUUGUAUUCAAGAAUAUCUUGAACAUCACCAACUACAAUGAUUUGUUUGGCCAUCUUCUCCAUGCAUUGAGUAUGGGAUGUCCUCCUCAUGCUGGGUUGGCCUUGGGAUUCGAUAGAUUAUGUGCCAUGCUACUUGGAAGCGCAAGCAUCCGUGAUGUAAUCGCAUUUCCUAAGAACCAGUCUGGUUUCGAUCCUGUUGUAGAAAGUCCUACUUCGGUUUCUGAAUCCACUUUAAAUCAAUACUACAUUACGACCAAAUUGAAUUCAUGA